AUGGCUCCUCACGCUAUUGAAGCAAUUUCCGCAAACGCAAGUGCGUCUGCCAGUAUCAGUGGUAAUGAAAGUAUCUUAUCAACUUCCAUUAUCAAGUCAAACCCAUUUGAAAUUACUGUCGAUCCAAGUUUAUUGAAAGGAUCAGCAUACACUUCUCCUUCGACCAUUAUUAGUCAGACCAUUUAUGCUAUUUCGAGCAAAAUUUUCAGUUAUGAAACUCCAGGGGCUGACAACUUGUUAGAUUCAUAUUUGCAGCUUUGGUCCCAGCAAUAUCAAAGACAUAACUCUUUUGGGGUUGUGCCAUAUUUUCAUAAGUUGCAAGUGAGAUCUGGUGCCUCAAACGCUAUUUUAGGGUAUUUUGGUAAAAAUGGAACUAAUGGUCAACCAUUAUCGACUUUAGCCGGUUCUAAUGCUUUGACUUACAUGCACCCAACUUUGGCCGGGAAAUCCGCUAAUUUACCGUUAUCGUUCAAUGUCAGUGCUGUUGACUACGAUACUACUACCGAUUCUUUAGUAUCUAACUAUAUUGCUCCUUUGAGCGUUGCUCGUUCAUUGAACUACCCUGUUGUUACACCAGUCAACUCUAACGAUGGUUUAGAAUUACAACACUUGACUUUAUUGAACCACUACUUGGCUGCUCUUACCGGUAACCCAUCGUUGAACUUGUUCGAUGGUCCUGAAUUCUCUAAGACCUUUACCAAGUUCAAUAAGUUAUUAUCUGUUGAAGAGUUAGGUCGUUUGUACCAAGACUUGUUGGCUAGUUCUGAUGCUGCUCCAGCUAGCGUUGAAGAUGCAGUUGACUUGGCCUUCAAUAACUUAAACAAGUUAGCAGGUACUAAUUACUCUCAAUUUGAUUACAUUGGAAGUGAGAACCCAGAAACUGUCUUCGUUAUUUACGGUUCCCACGAAUCCACUCAAUUAUCCAAUGCUAUUAAUAAGCUUUCUUCUAACGUUGGCUUAAUUAAGGUUCGUGUUCCAUUACCAUUCAAUGCAGCUAAAUUUGUUCAACUGAUUCCUUCGUCUACUCGUAAGUUAGUUGUUUUAGGCCAAGGUAGCUCUGAAUGUUCAAGAUCUUCCUCGUUGAAGGCCGACAUUACCGCCGCUUUAUUCUUGAGUGGUCACUACCACAACUUAAGUGUUGAUGAAUUUGUCUACCCAUUAAACUUUGUUUGGACUCCAAUCACUAUUACUAAAAUUUUGAGUGAAUUUUUACCAUCAUUGAACGUGGAUAAAAUUCUUACUGUACCUGAUAGAAUUAUCUCAUCUUCACCAGUCACCGCUAACACUUCUCCAGAAGGUAGCUAUUUAGUUUGGGGUAAGGACAAUGGUGCUUUUGUUGAUGUUUCCAAUAAAUUGGCUUUAUCAUUAUCGUUAGAUGACUCAAAGGUUGUCAGUAUUAGAAAUAAGUUUGACAAUAUCAACGGUGGUGGAUUAUUUCAAUCCCAAAUUGUCUCCACUUCAAAACAUUUACCAGUUGAAUCUGUUGACUCCGCUAAUGUUGUCUUGAUUGAAGAUAUCUCUAUCUUGUCAAGCUAUGAUAUCUUAGCAACUGCAAAACCAGGUGCAACCAUUUUACUUGCUAAUUCUAAACCAAUUAAGAACUCGGUUGAAGAAGAUGUCAUUCCUAAGUUACCAGUUGACUUCAGACGUACCUUGGCUAAGAACCAUAAUAAAUUAGUUUUAGUCGAUAACUCGAUCUUAGACGAAUUAGAUGCCCUGAAUGAUUCUACUAAGGGUUUCUCGGGUGACUUCUUAGUGCAGUUAGCCUUCUGGAGAGCAUCCUUGCCUGAAUUAGAUGGCUUUAUUGUUAACAAAUUGUUGCAAGCCAACGGUAACGGUUUCGAAUUAUUGGCAUCCGUUUUAGAUAAAUUUAUCAACAGUGUUGACGAAAAGAACGGUUUGAAAGAAAUUAAGGUUUUACCUGAAUGGAUUGAAUUAGAAGACGAGCCUGUUGAAAAGAAAGAAGAAGAGGAUGAUGAAGAAGAAUCUGGUCCAUUACCAUUCUUCCCAACCGAAUCUUCGUUCUUCCCUAACCCACGUACUGAUAAUGCAGGUGUUGACGAAACUGUCCAUGCCGGUUACAAGGACUUAGCUACUAAAUUGGCAUUCCCUGAAGCCUAUGAUGUUAAGCAAGAGUUAAGACCAGAUUUACCUGUUAAAAACUUUGUUGUUAAAGUUCAAGAAAGAAAGAGACUUACACCAACUGAAUAUUCAAGAAAUAUUUUCCAUAUUGAGUUUGAUACCACCGGUACUGGCUUAACUUAUGAGAUUGGUGAAGCUUUAGGUAUCCAUGGUCGUAACCCUGCCAAGGCAGUCGAAGAAUUCUUAAAAUUCUACAAUGUUGAUGCAGAUUCUUUAGUGGAAAUUUCUAACAAAGAUGAUCAAUCGAUCUUCGAGAUUAGAUCUGCAAGACAAGCAUUAAGUGAAGGCGUUGAUUUCUUAGGUAAGCCACCAAAGAGAUUUUACGAAGCUUUAGCUGAGUAUGCUACAAAUCCUAAGGAAAAGGAACACUUAGAAACUUUAUCUAGCGGUGCUGGUGCUGAAGAGUUAAAGAAGAGACAAGAUGUCGAGUUCUGUACUUAUGUUGACAUUUUGGAGGAAUUCCCAUCUGCAAGACCUUCAUUCUCUGAUUUGGUUAGAAUUAUUGCUCCAUUAAAGAGAAGAGAAUAUUCUAUUGCUUCUUCUCAAAAGCUUCAUCCAAAUGCUGUGCAUUUAUUGAUUGUUGUCGUUGAUUGGGUUGAUCCAAAGGGUCGUACCAGAUAUGGUCACUGUUCUAAAUACUUGUCUGACUUGAAUGUUGGCGAUGAAUUGGUCGUCAGUGUUAAGCCCUCUGUUAUGAAAUUGCCACCAUUAUCAACUCAACCAAUCGUUAUGUCUGGUUUAGGUACUGGUUUAGCACCUUUCAAAGCCUUUAUUGAAGAAAAGAUCUGGCAACAACAACAAGGCAUGGAAAUUGGUGAUAUUUACUUAUACAUGGGUUCUAGACACAAGAAGGAAGAAUAUCUUUACGGUGAACUCUGGGAAGCUUAUAUGGAUGCCGGUGUCUUGACCCACAUCGGGGCUGCAUUCUCAAGAGAUCAACCACAAAAGAUCUAUAUCCAAGAUAAGAUUAGAGAAAGUAUUGAUGAAUUAACCGACGCCAUUGUCACUAAAAAUGGUUCAUUCUACUUGUGUGGUCCUACUUGGCCUGUUCCUGAUAUCACUGCUUGUUUGGAAGACGUUGUUACUAACGGUGCCAAGCGUGAAGGUAAAGAAAUCAAGGAUGUUGCCAAGGUUGUGGAAGACAUGAAAGAAGAUGGUCGUUACAUCUUAGAAGUUUAUUAG